AUGCAUUCGGACAAGAGCGCCGAAGCCCGCGGCCUCAGAGCCGUCGCCUUCGUAGGAGUCACGUUGACGACGGUGGCCGCGAUGUGCUGUGUUGUGGCCGUGCCAAUGGUCUACAACUACAUGCAGCACCUGCACACGAUGAUGCUGGACGAAGUGGACUUUUGUCGGCUGAGGAGUACGAACGUGUGGAGAGAGGUGGCUAGGACACAGGUAUGGAUAUUUUUAGUUUUAAAGGGUGGGAGAGGUAAAUAAAGGGUGAAUUUCAAAAAACCAUACUUGAUAUUGCAGGUAAUAGCCAAAGUUAGCCCCUCGAACCCACGCGCCAGCCGUUUGCCCCGUCAGGAUAGUUACGGCGCUCCAGAAGUCAACUCGGACUACGCUCCAGCACCUGCUCCAUCCAAGCCCAGCCGCAAAGACCUAUGGCCCGACCUCCAUCCUCAACCAACAGGUGGCUGCUGUGGCUGUGGAGUGUCACCUCGCGGCGCUCCAGGACCAAAAGGCGCUGAAGGUGCACCAGGUGACGAAGGACUACCAGGACCAGACGGUCUACCAGGAGACGACGCUCCCAACCCAGUCCAUCAACCAGUCGAGUUCUGCUUCGACUGUCCCGAAGCUCCAGAAGGUCAGCCAGGAAAGCCUGGGCCAAAAGGACCAUCGGGACCAGAAGGACCACCUGGAGAACCGGGACCAGUCGCAGAAAUGGGAGAGAAUGGUCCACCUGGUCCUCCUGGUAAGCCAGGUCGUGAAGGUGAUCUUGGUAGACCAGGUAAGCGAGGUAAACCUGGAGUUGUUCAUGCUGGACCAAGCAGAGUUGGACCACCAGGACCUCCUGGACCACCUGGAAGGCCAGGACCUCGAGGAGAGAAAGGAGAAGGUGGUGAGGAGGGCGAGGAAGGAAAACCUGGUAAGUCAAUGAGCUUUGUCAUUUUAAGAUCUAUACCUAUUAAUAGUCUGUUCAUGAUCAAAUUUGUUAAAAAUAGGUUAAAGGUAACUAAAAAAUAUUGUUCUAGGCGAGUCAGGACGUCAAGGUCGUGAAGGUCCAGGCGGCAAUCCAGGACAGCCCGGCGAAACCGGAGGGCCCGGACCAAAAGGCCCUGAGGGCGGCUGCGACCAUUGUGCUUUACCACGUACUCAGCCUGGGUACUAG